UUGUUAAAAUUGGCAUCUGAUUUUAAUAUCGUUUUCUUUUCAAAAUAUAAAUAAAUGUAAUUUCUGGUUGGACUUUAAAGGCUUGACUCAAACCUCAGCACGCCAAGUAAGACCUGAGUACAAGUAUUAGUUUUGUGGUUGGAGUUUAAUGAAUAACAGGAAAAACGUGUUCUGUGGUCCGUACACCAUGUAAGACUUAUAUGAAGUCUUCUCAUACAAGUCAAGGUUAUGAACCUCACCUGGUCCUCUCAAGCACAAACCUUGAUCUUUCUUUUCAUUUUGAUCUGUUUGAGCUUUGAAAAUGUGGAUUUACGACGUGUUCUUGUCUUUCAGCGGUGUUGAUACUCGCAAGACAUUUAUGGGCCACCUCUUGGCCGCUUUGAAGCGGAAUGGUUUUGACACAUUCAGAGAUGACACUAAACUCAGAAGAGGAGAAGAAAUUGGCCCUGGAUUGCUCAAAGCAAUCGAGGAAUCAAGGGUUUCGGUUAUCGUAUUCUCAAAAAACGCGUCCUCAAGAUGGUGCCUUGACGAGCUUAUGAAGAUCAUGAAUUGCAAGAGGAAACUCAAUCAGAUUGUUAUUCCCAUCUUAUAUGAUGUUGAACCUUCUGACGUUCAGUCACCUAGGGGUUGCUAUGCAGAAGCAUUUGCUAGUCACGAAAAGCGGUUCGACUUGGAGUCGGUGAAGAAAUGGAGGUUGGCUCUAGUUGAGGCUGCCAAUAUGUCUGGUUACGUCUUGCAAAAUGAGGCCAACGGGUGUGAGUCGACGUUUAUUGAAACCGUUGUUGGAGAAAUCGCAGAUAAAGUAAAUCCUACAUGUUUAAGUAUUGCGGACUAUCCAAUUGGAAUUCCACCGCGUGUUCAACAAUUGAGUGAGUUUCUAAAGUUGGGGUCAAAUAGUGAUGAUGUGAGGAUUGUUGCCAUAUGUGGGAUUGGUGGAAUAGGCAAGGCUACAAUUGCUAAAGCAAUGUAUAUAAUCGCAUACAUCGAAGUUCUGAGUUUGAAAGCAGAAGCUUUCUUACAAAUAUUGGACGAACGACAAUGUAACCCAACGGCCUUAUUGAAUUACAAGAAAAGCUUCUUUGUAAUCUAGUAGAUGGAAAUCAAAUAAUAAGAAGCGAGGAUCAUGGAAUUGAAGUGAUAAAACAGCGAGCAUGGUGUCGGAGGGUUCUUCUUGUUCUCGAUGAUGUGAAUAACAUUCAUCAAUUGAGGGCAUUAGCCAUUAAUCGUGAUUGGUUACACCCAGGAAGUAGAAUCAUAAUAACAAUUAGAGAUUUGGCUGUAGUAAAUUCGCUUCAAGUAGAUGAGGUGUAUGAGCCUAAGAAGUUGGAUAAGGGGGAAACUCUUCAGUUGGCAUGCCUUUGGGACAGACCAUCCUCAAAAAGACAUGAGAUCCUCUCUGAGGAAGUAGUGAGUUAUGCUAAAGGGCUACCAUUAGUUCUUGAAAUUUUAGGUUCCCGUUUGUCAAACACAAACAUACCUGGUGGAGAAGUGAGUUGGAAAAGUUGAGAAAGAUUCCUCAUGAGGAUGUUCAAGGAAAACUUAGGCUGAGCUUUAAUUCACUUGAUGUUGAACAGAACAGAUUAUUCCUACAUAUUGCAUGUUUUUUUGUUGGAAUGGACAAAGAUUUUCAAUCAAAAUACUAAAAGGCUGUGAUUUCUUUCCAGAAUCUGAAAUUAAGGUUCUAUCU